UGGUCGUUGGCAGCAGAAGCAGGCCACACAACAGUUUGGGUGAAAUCUAAGCAACGCUCUCCGUCAUCAUGUCCAACGCACCAGCAACAUGGGAGCUGUACAAUCUGGCACCUGGGGAAAAAAAGGUCAGAGAGAUAAAGGACACAAAGAUCCCAAACGCCGCAACCUUUGAGGUCCAGAAAGAGGAUCACACCCUUGGAAACCUCCUACGCACACAAUUGUUGAAAAACUCUAAAGUCCUGUUUGCCGGAUACAAAAUGCCCCACCCACUGCACCAUUCUUUUGUUCUCAAAGUUCAGACAACUCCAGAGACCUCACCUCUUGAGGUUCUGCAAAAUGACGUGAAUAGCUUGAUUCGCGAAAUCAGUUCUAUCAAGCUCAAGUUUGAGAAUGAACUCACUCUACAUGGUCUGACUCAGUCGGAGCCAAUGGGCGGAUCAAUGUACAACUCUGUCGAUACAGCGUAUUAGAAAAAAGUCGAUUGACCGGUGGUGCGCCAAAAUGCUCCAACUCGUCUUGGAGGGCUCUGAAAUGCCGAUCCAAUGCGCCAGCAACCUGUAUAUAAAAAGUACCAAAGCUAUUGUAAAUGCUAUUAAUUAUUACCGAGUCGCUUAUGAUACAUAAAAUGCAC